AUGGUAGAUUUGAAAACUAACUCUUGUCUUUACGGUGACAAUGCAGAAUUUAUUGAAGAGGUAUAUCAGCGCUAUCUCCAAGGUGAUAAAUCAAUAGGAGAAGAUUGGCAUAGAAUUUUCUCGGGUAAUAUAGAAAGUAACAGCUCAGUAGCUUCCUCGAAUACACAAAAUGUGAAGGCAGAUGAUUUAGUCUCUACAUUAGCAAACUUCUUCAGGUCCUAUGGGCAUUUUUUUACAGAUUUAAAUCCCUUGUCACCAAAUGAAAAUCAACCUGCAGACUAUAAUAAGUAUUCCAACCUACAAGAUAUAGAUUUAAAUGAAUCGGUAGAUCUGAGUGGUCUGUUUGGCAAAGGAAAAAUAACAACUGGAGAAUUUAUUUCUAUAUUAAGGAAAAUUUACUGCAAAAGUAUCGGUUUCGAAUUUAUGCAUAUUUCUUCUCAUGAAGAAAGAGCAUGGCUGCAGGAUAAAAUCGAAAAUCAACACUAUAAACCAGAUGAAAAAGAAAAAAGAGAUAUACUACAACAUUUGAUUGAAUCUGAAAUGUUUGAACAGUUCCUUCACAUGAAAUUUCCAGGAUAUAAGCGUUUUUCUAUAGAAGGAGGAGAAUCAACCAUUGUUGCAAUUGAAAAAAUCAUCAGUAAUUCUGCUUUUCUUGGUACUGAAGAGGUGGUUCUUGGUAUGGCACACCGUGGACGUUUAAACGUCUUAACCAAAGUAGUGGGGAAAGAAUACUCUGCGAUGUUCUCUGAAUUUCAAGGUAAUCUCUCAUAUCCUGCUAACCUUGACGUUUCUGGUGAUGUGAAAUAUCACCUCGGCUACUCUUCUGACAGAAUAUUACCUGAUGGCAAAAAAAUACAUUUGAGUUUAUGCUACAAUCCAUCGCACUUAGAAGCAGUGAAUCCGGUUUUAGCUGGAAGAGUCAGAGCAAAAAAAGCUGCACUUGGAAUAUCAAUACAUGGUGAUGCAGCUUUCAUUGGACAGGGUGUCGUUGCUGAAACUCUUUCUCUUAGUAACAUUGAAGGUUACAAAGUAGGCGGAAUUAUCAACAUUGUCACUAAUAACCAAGUCGGUUUUACAGCCAAUCCAUGCUGCGCACGAUCUUCUUUUUAUUGUACUGACAUAGCUAAAUUCAUAGAAGCACCGAUAUUUCAUGUUAAUGGCGAUGAUCCAGAAGCUGUGAGCUUUGUUGCAAGUCUUGCGUUAGAGUACAAACAAAAAUUUAAAAAAGAUGUAGUUAUUGACAUAAUAUGCUAUAGGAAAUAUGGCCAUAACGAAGGUGAUGAACCUAAUUUUACUCAACCAUUGAUGUAUAAGUUAAUAUCAAAGCACAAAACUCCAGGAAAACUAUAUGAGGAAAAACUAAUCGCAGAAAAAGUAAUAAGUAGUGAAGACGCAAGCAAAUUACGUAGUGAAUUCAGAGCAAAAUUGGAUAAAAGUUUUGCUGAGUCAAUGAAUUUUGUACCCAAAAAAGCUGACUGGUUUGAAGGCGUGUGGUCAAAAUUGAGAAGAGCAAAGUUAAAUGAUUUAAGUGAGUACUACACAAACUCAGGCAUUGCCAAAGAUGAAUUGAAAAAAUUGGGUAUGUGUACAAAUAGCAGUAUUCCUAAUAAUUUCAAUAUUAAUAACAAGGUUAGAAAAAUACUCGAUAGCAGGUUAGAAAAUAUUAAUACAGGAAGCAACAUCGAUUGGGCAACAGCAGAAAGCCUCGCUUUUGCCUCUCUAUUGGUAGAAGGUAUAGGCAUACGUUUAUCAGGACAAGAUUCCGGUAGAGGAACUUUUUCACAUCGCCACGCAAAACUUGUUGAUCAAGUAACAGAAGAAGUGUUUAUUCCACUAAAUAACAUCAAUGAAAAACAGGCAUAUUUUGAGGUGAUAGAUAGUCCUUUAUCAGAAUACGCCGUUAUGGGAUUUGAAUAUGGAUAUAGUUUGGAUUCACCAUAUUCAUUAGUGCUUUGGGAAGGACAAUUUGGUGAUUUUGCAAAUGGUGCACAGAUCAUGAUCGACCAGUUCAUAUCAUCUGCAGAGACAAAAUGGUUGCGUUCAAGCGGCCUGGUUCUUCUUUUACCNCAGGGUCCAGAGCAUAGCUCUGCUCGCAUUGAGAGGUUUUUGCAGCUAUGUGCAGAAGAUAAUAUGCAGAUAGUUAAUUGUUCUACUCCUGCAAACUACUUUCAUGUUUUACGCAGACAAAUUCACCGGGAUUUCCGUAAACCUCUGGUAGUGCUCACACCAAAAUCCCUAUUGCGUCACAAAAGAGCAGUUUCUAGCUUAUCCGAUUUUGAGAGCAAAUUCCUCGCAGUAAUUCCUGAACAUAGAGAAGGUUUGGUUACAGACGAUAAAAUACGUAAAGUUGUAUUAUGUAGUGGUAAAAUUUACUAUGACAUAAUUGAAGAGUGUGAGUCUAAAAAAAUAAAUGAUAUAGCAGUGAUAAGACUCGAACAAAUUUAUCCGUUUCCAGCCGAUAAGCUUGCUCACGAGUUCAGAAAAUAUAGCAAUGCUGAGGUAAUAUGGUGUCAAGAGGAACCAAAAAACAUGGGAGGGUGGUUUUUCGUUAAUGAACUGAUAGAAAAAGCGUUAUUUGAUUUAGAUAUCAAAGCUAAAAGGCCUAAAUGUGUUGCAAGGCCUGCAGCUGCAUCUCCUGCGUGUGGUUAUUCUAACGUUCAUGUUAAACAACAGCGGGAAAUUCUUAACGCUUUAUUAAGUUAA